GCUCUAACCACGUACUAACCCAGUUGAUACUCUUGAACCACCUCUGCAACGUCUCGUCGUGCUGUAGCUAUCUUGACUUAGCUCCAAACGCAGCUUUGAGACCAUAGCGGGCCAUUCAUCAGCACGAGUACCCGCACCUCAUUGAACACACCGAGGAGUUUCGCAAAGCUCCAGACAGAGCCUUGGGAUCCCUUCCACAACCCCCAUCAACACUACUUUCCCAAUCAUCCAUUAUCGACCAUGGUACCCAACGAAAUCUACCAAUACUCACUGGUCAACGCCCUGAUGUCCGGCGUAUCCGACUCAGGCAUCACAGCAGCACAACUCGUUUCAAAGGGAAACCAGGGUCUAGGAACCUUUGUCCGAAUGGACGGGGAGCUGUUGCUUCUCGACGGCACAAUAUACCAGCUCCAAGCCUCAGGCAAGAUCCGGGUAGCCGCGCCAACAGACCAGAUUCCCUACGCUGUAAGCACGCAUUUUCAGCCACAGCACACGGUCAAGGGCGACGCGGCGCGACUGGAAACCAAGGACUCCAUCGACGUCGUGCUGGAGCGGUACAACAACCACGCGGGCAAUUUGUUCAUGGCGUACCGCGUCGACGGCCACUUCCGGCGCGUCAAGUGCCGCACGGUCAAAGGCCAGGAAUAUGAAGGCCAGCCGCUCGCCGAGUUGGGCAAGAAGCAGUUUGUCGCCGAGUACCGUGAUGUCGUGGGCACGAUCGUGGGAUUCCGCUCCCCUCAGGCAUGGCAGGGUUUCUUUGUCGCUGGCGAACAUAUGCAUUUUAUUGACAAAGACAAAAAAGUCGGCGGCCAUGUGCUCGAGGUCGAGGCUGAUGAUGUUCGAAUUGGAGUCUCUACGAUCAAUAAUAUCCAUAUUGAGCUGCCGACGUCGGACAAGUUUAACGAUGCUGUCAUGUCGACUGAUGAUGUUGGGCUCAAGUCAGUGGAAGGUUGAAGAGAACCUCGAAAGAAGUCUAUUCUACUCAUGCGACUGGGUUGUUGGUCGAGGUUGAUCCUCGUUUACAGGAUUGGCGGACCCUCAUUCAUGUGCACAUUGUAAAGGCAGGCUGACAUUGGACCUCAUGGCCGCGAGCAAGGUUCUCGCACUAACCGCCACGGUUGAAGAAGAGCAGGCUCAUUCGGCUACAGGAUACAGUAUCAGAGCAUGAUAUUCGCUUCUGAGAUUCAACAGAAGAAGAUCGCGUCAUGAUCGCCGUGCUUGACGACCUCACAGCUUCCUUCAUCUCUUGGUUCAUUACAAUCCAGUCCAGUUCAUUACAGUACGGAGCGCAACGACACUUCGAAGCCCAUCAAAAGCCAUGUUAAUCAUUCAAAAAUACAUAUCAAGCUACCAACAGCAACUUCAUUUUCCAAAUGUGGAAAACCAAAAAGCCAGAUGCUGAAGCCAGAAUCAGAUUCAAAUAUUCCAUAACAGGUCUUCGGCCUUGACAUUAGUAAAGACGUCGUGAAUGGCACUCUUGGUCAAGUUGACGCACUCGCGCUCGUCCUUCUUCCACGUCUCGAUCCGGCCCAGUCUGCGACUGUCACAAAUGCGGUCGGCAGCAGUCAAAAUAGAACUAGCGAAGCAGAUACAGUUCAUUCCACGUUCCUCUUUUCCCGUGUGUGUGGCGUCCGAGAGCCUCGAAACAACACGGACACAGUACUCAAAGACGGCGAACAGAUUCAAGCGAGGAGUCGGCAGGAGCGCCGAGUCCGACUGGUCGCAUGUCCGCUGCAGGGUCUGAGCGAGGGCCAGUAGGGGUGUCAUGCUGCUACCAUUACCAGAAGAGCCACACAUAGAACCAAAGCUGGUGUUGGAACUGGCACUGGAGCUGCGUGAAAAGGUCGAGCUUACGGUCGAGGUCGACAAAGACGAGCUCCGCCUGCUUGAGGCGGCCGAUUCUUUCCGGCCACCAUCCUUGAUCGUUGGCUGUGUAGAGCUGCUGCUGCUGUUGUUGACGUUGUCCCACUGAUCAUCACUGAGAUAGUAAUCCUGCUGUUUGAUCUUGAACAGCAGACAGUCGGAACGGAGCUCGUCGUGUUCGCUCUUGGCACCGAGGCCUGCUGCGCGUCUGGCAGCGUGCGCGGGGAUGGCCAUGCACCAGCUGUCGCGGUCGUUUCUCUUAUGGCCCUUUUUGAACUUGAGCCGGGCGCCGACGUACCGACCCCAACAGGCGCGGAAGCUUGCCUUGGGACGCGUGCCGCCGGGGAAAAACAUGCCACUGAACUGGGUGCACAGGCUUUCUAGAAUAGGGAUCUCCUCGAGGCCGCCGAGCUGUUGAAGGACGUUGUACGAGUGCAAGACAGCGCCCACGUAGUGGCGGUAGUUGAACACCCGCAUUCCAUAGUAGUGGCACAGGUCGAGCAUUUCGAGAACGUGAUUGCCUGCCACCCACGGUGAUUGGAAGUACAAGUCCCAGCAUCGAUGCUUGGCGUAGGCGCGCAAGUCGAACUCGAGGUUCUGGAGGUGGUACGCCAGAGUCUGGGUACACCGACACGGCCAGCACGUCUUGUCCUUGAGCAGUGUGGCGAUUUGAGAUGAGGCCUGUUGAGCGAGCCGCAAAGAGGUCAAGCGACAUUUGGAAAUGGCGCUGGCCGAUUCCACCGACUGCAGAUAGCUCUUGUAGCCGCUGGUCAGUAGGUGGAGGCCGAACACGGCCGACCAGGAUUGCGUUUGUUCGUCGGGCCGAGUGAUGAGGUACCCGGCGUCGGCGUACGUCGGGGAACUGUUUCUCACGAUGCUGGUCGGCACCUCUUUGCUGGCGAUCAGGUGGUAGAUGUUGUCGAGGAUCGCCUCGGCCAGUCGAUGUUUGCCCGAACAAUCCUCUCCCGUAGGCAGCUGCAGGUAAUCGGCGGGUUUCUGGACGCAGGUCGGACACGACUGGAUGGUCAAGGACCGAUGCCCGUCGCGAUAGUAGAACAGAGCUUGUUCCAUGUUCUGCAACUGGUCCAAAAGCUCAUGGUUGGCUGAUUCUGUUUCGUCGCCAUUAGGUCCAGACGAUGUGUCCCGUCCCGAGCGGUUGAAGGAACAAAAUGUGCGAUGGAGACCCGACACGGUCAUGUUCUCGUCAUGCUGCAGCAGUUCGAUCCCGACUUGCCGAAUGGAUGCAAAUGCAACAUUGGUGAUGAACGCGGCGACCGGGAACGACAGCUGAUUCUUUCCCGCAAGGUCCCAGCAUCGUUCCACCGAGGAUGUGAUGUCCUUGAUUCGCUGUGAUGGUCUGUGUUAGCGGACGGAAAUCCAAAUGUCACAGAGAAAAAUGACUUACCUCCACGGCCGCCGCCACCUCCAUCAUAAUGCCGAGUCCAUCGUCGCUAAAGUGGACUUCGGCACUCUCGUCGUCACACGAUGGGGAAGCGGACACAGUGCAUUCGGGACAACUGGACAACGCGGGCAAAGGCUCUUCGGUCUCGUCGUCAUCGUCCACGUCUUCCACUGACAGGCCGUUGUAGUGGUUGACCAGGGCAUUGGUGCGCUGUGCCAGAUUGUUUUUGGUCUGUUGCUUUUGAGCUCGUGAGUUCGUCUGCUCGCAGCAGGCACAGAGGUUGUUGUAGAUCUGUGCGAGACUACAUACCAUAUUGAUUAGCUUUGUUGUUAUUCAAUAAGAUCAGGAACUCGUUUCUUACCUG